AUGGCCGAAGGAGAGCAGACGAUCAAUCUCAAGAUCCUUUCGCCCUCGACUGAGGUGGAAGGCGGCGUGAACCUCGCAGAUGUCCCCGCAUCUACUACGGUCAAAGAGCUGAGGAGUCGCAUUCAGAAUGCCGUGCCCUCCAAACCAGCGACGGAUAGGAUGCGCCUGAUAUAUAGAGGCAGAGUGGUAGCCAAUGACGCCGAGACACUGGGCAAUGUCUUUGGUACCGACAACAUACGUGAGAACAAGGACCAGAGCCUUCACCUGGUUCUACGAGAACUACCCGCCAACGAAAAUCCGCCCUUCCGCCCUCCCCAAUCUCCCGCUGCUCUGCCGACGAACCCAUUCCGGACGACGCCGCAACCUCGACCGAACCCACAGUCGCCCACUCCCCACCACCACCAUCAUCAUCUCCACCCCCAUGCCCAUCAUCAUCACCAUCUUGCCGGACAGGGCAACCCGCUUCCUCUGCUGGUGCCACUUCCAGUUCAACAAUUGGCUCGUGUAGCGGCACAACAAGGGAAUAGACAGGCUCCAGGCCAGGCGAAUGAGCAGACUGAACAUGGCACACCAGCACAGCCAGGUGGUCCAGUCCCCUCUUCUGAAUCACAAACUCCGCCACCAUCAGGAUUGCCCAACCUCCCUGGCAAUAGUGAGCGGCCACUACAGCGAAACCCAUUUGAUCCUACUGGCGCCCGGUGGACUGUCACAUACAACCAAGUCAAUAUACCUGCCGGACUUCCGCCUGCUCCGUUUCCCAUCCCACCGGCUCUAGGAUUUGGUCGUCUACCCAUCGCAACAGGGACUCCUCCGCCAGGCCUUGACAACAAUCAACGCUUGUUGCCUCGUCUGCAGAGAAUAUUUCAGGAGACUCUACGAGAAAUGGAGAAUGUUCGGACACUGCUACAUACUCCUGCUGAACAAGGUGCACAGGCUGCCGAUGCCCCAGCCGAGCUGUUCUUAUUGUCUAGCCCCCAAGGACCCGUUGGUAUUCUCUUUGAUCACCAAGGCACUUACACCAUGGCUCCUACAGUACCAACACUGCCAUUCCAAACUUUCUCAGACCAGUUUGCCCAAAACAGACAACUUCUUGCUGGGCUCGGAUAUCAGAUGGCACAGGGGGCGAAUCAGCUCCAAAACCAACUAGCCAACCUACAGCCAACCCCAACUCAACAGCCGACACCUGGAGGGCAGGCACAAAAUCAGAAUCAAAUGCAGAACCAGAAUCAACCCCAGGAUGCUAACGCGAACGCAAACCCGCCAGGAGAAAAUGAUCGCAUGGUCAACGUUGCUGGACAUUUAUGGCUCAUCUUCAAGCUCGCCGCAUUUGUCUACUUUUUCUCUGGAGGCGGUGGACUCUACAGGCCUAUCAUGCUUGGCAUAGUAGCCGGCAUUGUUUACCUGGCACAAGUAGGUGUAUUUCAAGACCAGUUCAAUCUCCUACGCCACCACUUCGAAGCACUCCUCGCUGUCGGCGCCAUGGCCGAACGCGUAGCUCAGCCCAACAACCACGCCCAACAGCGGGGUAACUUGACACCGGAAGAGGCCGCGCAGAGAAUUUUGCAGCAAAGAAGGGAUCAGAGGUUUGGGUGGGUGAGGGAUAGCAUGCGUACGGUGGAACGUGCGUUUGCUUUGUUCAUUGCGAGUCUCUUCCCUGGUGUGGGAGAGAGAAUGGUUCAUGCGCAGGAGGAGAGGGAGAGGCAGGAGCGCGUGGCUGCUCAGGAAGAGAGGGAGAGGCAGGAAGAGGAAGCGAGGAGGCGACAGGAAGAAGCUCAGGCAGAGCAGCAACGGGAUAGCGAGAAGAAAGAUGAGGCUCAUGUGCAGAUGGGGGGUGACGCGAGUGUGAGUGGGACCUCGAAGGGCAAGGAGAGAGCGGAGACUGAGAUUGAGGCUUCUGGAUCUGCGGCAUAG